GUGCAGCCCUACCGGGUAAGUAAAAUAGAGAAUUUGGAGACUUGUUCUGGGAUGAGGCCUCGAGUCAGAAAAUAAGUUAAUAAGCAAGGAGGAGGAGGUGGAAGACGUGUUGGCACAGCACAGCGGGAAUGGAUUGCGCCGGUAAGGGGCGGGGAACUCGGUGCGUGGGUCCACCCAAAAGGCGUUGCGGUGGCUGUGGUGCUGUUGCUUAUUGCUCCGUCUCUCAUCAGAUUUCACAUUGGAUUGAUCAUAAAGAAGAGUGUCAGAGGUUAGAGCAACAAAUGAAGGGUGUAGAUGUCUUGAAUGAUUUUCCUUUCACUUUUACCCUAGAAGCUACAAUUCAGGUAAGUGAAAAGCAGCAGACGAGAUGCUUAUUCUUGAGUAAAAGGGGUAUCCAUCGAUUGGGAAUGUGGAUGUAUGAAUGCUGUUGUGGGGAAUCAGCUGCUUCCUUUGGUUAUCUAAGUUAUGCAUGUCUCUUGGCGGGCAGGCUGCGUGAUGGUUGGGAUCUUUCACGGAUUUUGUGUCCAUGUCAAGGGCCUGUCUCUCCAAUAACAAAGCGUUUGAGUAGUUGGAAGGAUUUCUAUAAUUGGAGGGGUAUCCCAUUACUGUCCCCUGUUGCCAUCCUUCUUCACUGGCCACUUACUAUCUACCAUGCUGUUCAAGUCACUAGCACAAUAAGUUUGAGUUCUGGAAACAGAAAUGGACUAUACAUACACUACCUCGGGCCUGAGAAAGAACUAACACAACUUGCUGCAUUUGGGGAAUUGCGUGCACUUUUUCCUGGUGUGCAAUUGCAUAUAGAGCUUAUUGGACCUUCAAUUCCAGAACACAGGGAGGUCAAUUGUUUUCAAGAAGACAGCCAUUAUGCAACUCUUGACGUUGCUCAAAUUCAAAGGGAUGGUGAGAAAAUAAAUAUUCUCAGUUAUGCUCCUUGUGUGGAGGCAGACUGCAUUUGCAAACCUUUGAAUGAAAAUGUUGAUACUGGUAAAUCUUCAGCGGUAUUGUUGCAGCUUCACAGAGGUUUUUAUCAUGAUCGUUUUAAAGAUAUAGCGAAGGAUUCCACUCCGGAUUUAAUUAUUGCUGCAAAUGCUGGAGUUGCUGCUUAUCCUAGUUGGUUACCUACCAUUGAGCUAAUAAAGGAGCUGAAAGUGCCAGCAAUAUUUUCUGAUUACUGUGAAGAAGCUUGUCAUCUAGCAGCUCGUUGCAUAGGCUCUGUAACUAACCGUCCUCUCACAGUUCGUAUUCAAUUAAAUCCCUUCAGGCAGCCAAUGGUUGUGGAAGAUAGUGGUUUGUUUCUUCCUUGCUACUCCAAUUGCUUCCUCUUCGGGAUGUAAGGCAGCCUACUCAGAGUUGGACAUUUGUCAGGAUACUUCAUUGCUUAUUGAGGCUAGCGGAUCUGGUUAUGGAUGCAGGUUCAGCUAAAUAUCGCGUUCCUCGCCGCCCCCAUGCUACAAAUCCGUGAACAAGUAUGACCUUUUCCUUCAUGUCGCUUUUUUUUUUUUCCUUCUCUUUUCUUUUCUUAAUUGAUUGAAACUGGAGUUUCAGGUUGUAAGUAUAUCGACUGUAACAACGGGGUGUUGGUUAUUCUUGUAUUCUGGAUCAUUUUAAGUUUGUACAUAGAGAACUUGAAAAAUUAAAAUCUGAAACUUUGAAGGACUUCCCUAGCAAACAAGCAAAACAUAUGGAAAAAAAGGGUGUUAGCAUGAUUUCAGCAAUAACGUGACCAAAUCUACGCCAGUGUACCAUUUUCCAAUUUUGGAUAUUCUGUGAUAAUAGUAAUAGUUUUGAUUGUGUA